UUUCUCCUAGUUUCUGCAGGCCGGGGGAGAAAGCAGCUGGGGGCAGUCCAACCCUGGCCGUGCUUGGGGAGGGGGUCGAACAAGAAUGGAGAAAAGAUGGAGAGAAUUCCCCUCCCCCCUUUUUUUUUCUUUUUCUCUUUUUUGUUUUUGUUUGCACCACUUCCAUCUGAUGACUGUAGAGUAAAAGGAACCUGGAGCGGGGCGGCAAGUAGCGCUUUGGGAAAAUGCAAGAGUGUGUUUGGAGACGCGAAGUUGCCUUUCAAGCUCUGGCCUCCGGGGCACGCGAUGCUCCGCGGCAGGCUGACUCAGGGCUGCCUGGGCCUCCCUGCCACCCUCCUGGAAAUGAUGCAAGUCUGACUGUCACCUGGAUCCCUGCAGCCCAGCCUGGAAUCCGUCUAGGUUGGAGUGGGGGGACAAGAAACGACACCCCAGGUGUUGCACGGCCCACCAAAGCAGAAAGGGCCGUUUCUCAGGCCAAAUACUGUAUCUAGUGCUUCUGCUCCUAUCUUCAAUAGUGCUUUAUUAUUUUUUUUAAUGUAAAGUGUCACAACGCUAGGAAUUCCCAUACGUGCUGUUGGCCCACAGCAUCUCUGUGCCCAGGAAACUGCUCCAAUCAAGGCCUCGGGGAAUCUCACUAAAUUCCAAAUGGUGGAAAGAAACUUUCCCAGCCCGAUGCAGUGUGAUGCGAGCCAAGGACCCGGAGGACGCUGUCCCAGAGCAGUACGCCCCUCUUGCCCUGCUUUAGCUGUAACUAGCUUCUGUAAUAUGUGCUGAAGUCCGUGCGGCCAUUGCCCGGGAGCCCCCGCACACGCGCGCGUAUCUCGGGCCGCGCUCGCACUCACACACGCACGCGAACGCCCGGCGGCCGCCAGGUCGGCAACUUUGUCGGGCGCUCCCAGCGGCGCUCGGCUUCCUCUCGUAGUAGUUGGGCGCAGGCCCCGCCUCCCGGCCGUGUUGUCAAACGGGCCGGGGUCUCGGAUUGGUCCAGCCGCCGGGACAACACCUGCUCGACUCCUUCAUUCAAGUGACACCAGAGCUUCCAGGGAUAUUUGAGGCACCAUCCCUGCCAUUGCCGGGCAUUCGCGGCGCUGCUAACGGCCUGGUCACAUGCUCUCUGGAGAGCUACGGGAGGGCGCUGGGUAACCUCUAUCGGAGUCGCGGCCGCGAGGAAGAGGGAAAAGACAAGCUAGGAGGAAGAGUGGGAGGAGGAGGGGAAGCGGCGGAGGAGGAAGAGGAGGAGGAGGAGGAGGAGGAGGGGAGCACAAAGAAUCCAGGUCUCCCGGCAGGAGGUUUAUAGCAAGAACCAUGUGUGCCGAGCGGCUGGGCCAGUUCGUGACCCUGGCUUUGGUGUUGGCCACCUUCGACCCGGCGCGAGGGACCGACGCCACCAACCCUCCCGAGGGUCCCCAAGACAGGGGCUCCCAGCAGAAAGGUCGCCUAUCCCUGCAGAACACAGCGGAGAUCCAGCACUGUUUGGUCAACGCUGGCGAUGUGGGGUGUGGCGUAUUUGAAUGUUUCGAGAACAACUCUUGUGAGAUUCGGGGCUUACAUGGGAUUUGCAUGACUUUUCUGCACAACGCUGGAAAAUUUGAUGCCCAGGGCAAGUCAUUCAUCAAAGAUGCCUUGAAGUGUAAGGCUCACGCUCUGAGGCACAGGUUCGGCUGCAUAAGCCGGAAGUGCCCGGCCAUCAAGGAGAUGGUGUCCCAGCUGCAGCGGGAGUGCUACCUCAAACACGACCUGUGUGCCGCCGCCCAGGAGAACACCCGCGUGAUCGUGGAGAUGAUCCAUUUCAAGGACCUGCUGCUGCACGAACCCUACGUGGACCUCGUGAACUUGCUGCUGACCUGUGGGGAGGAGGUGAAGGAGGCCAUCACCCACAGCGUUCAGGCUCAGUGUGAGCAGAACUGGGGAAGCCUGUGCUCCAUCCUGAGCUUCUGCACCUCGGCCCUGCACAGGCCCCCCACGGCGCCGCCGCAGCGCCAGCUCCAGGCGGACAGAGCCAGGCUCCCCAGGGCCCACCACGGGGACGCGGGCCGUCGCCUCCCGGAGCCCAGCAGCAGGGAGGCCGGCCGAGGUGCCAAGGGCGAGGGAGGUAGCAAGAGCCACCCAAACGCCCAUGCCCGGGACAGAGCCGGGGGUCUCGGGGCCCAGGGACCUUCUGGAAGCAGCGAGUGGGAGGAUGAACAGUCCGAGUAUUCUGAUAUCCGGAGGUGAAAUGCAAAAGGCCUGGCCACGAAAUCUUUCCUCCACGCCGUCCAUUUUCUGAUCUAUGGACAUUCCAAAACAUUUACCAUUAAAGAGGGGGGAUGUCACACGCAGGAUUUUGUGGGGCUUGUGGACUUCAUGAAGGUGUAUGUUAGCGGAACGAACAGGUGAGGCGGAGACUCUGGGGCAGCGAGGGAGGUCUCAGCUGUGCCUGGCGGACUCUGCCAGUACUCGGGCCCGCGGGAGCCUGGCCCCACGUCCUCCUCGCGACUUGUCUUCUUUCCAUCCACGGAGCCAGUGGGUGUCAGGCUGCUCUGCUGUGGCGGAGGCGAGCAGGGUGGGGCAGGCCCACCUGCGCCAGGCCACACGGUCGGUGCUGGGCCCCACCCGGAGCUUCUGGUGCGGCAGCUCCUGGCGCUGUCUCCGCGGAGGUCAAGGCAGCUGGAUUCCAGGGCGGGAGUGAAUGUAAAACUAUAGCUGGGAAUGCAGGAGCAGGAUGGAGAGGAGGCAAGGGGCCGAGGGGGCGCUUGGUGCCAAACCGAAAUUCGGUUUCUUGCAUGGGACCUUGCAGUCAGAGCUGCUGGGGGGGGCGGAGGGGAGGGAAGAGUGUAAUUUCUACGUGUAACUUCUGAGCCAUUGUUCUGUCUGGGGAACACUGUCCAAGGCAGUGGCCCCUAUGAGUUUAUAUUUUAACCACUGCUUCAAAUCUCAAUUUCACGUUUUUAUUUAUCCAGUUACAUCUACAUAUCUGUCGUCUAAAUAAAUGGCUUUCAAACAAGGCAACUGGGUCAUUAAAACAAGCUCAAAAGAGGGAGAAAAAAAAAAACCCAGCCCAUGCUUUGGGGCUGAUUUUGUUGGUUUUUGUUUUUUUGUUUUGUUUUAAGUCCUAUUUAAAAAGGAAUCCAACAGCGAUGUGGCUGUACAUCUGACCUCCUAACAUGGGCCCAUACCCACUUGGGGCAAAUCUUCCACCCAGGGGAAAAGGCACACAGGAAGAGUACAUUUGACAGAUUUCCCUUAGAACUCUGUCAUCUCACCUUGACUCCCAGCCAAGAUGGAUUAGGCACCUUACUGGUGAUCCUGUGAGGCCCAGUUGGAACCCGAUUUGUCCCUGCUAGAGCAUGGGAAAGGGGAGAAGAGAAUGAAGACUACUUUGCAAUUCCCAUUAGGAAAUGCUGACCUUUUGCAUAAAUGGAGGAGACUGCUGCAGAUCUCUAAGGGACAGGAUUUCCCAGAUCCUAAUUGGAAAUUUAGCAACGAGGAGUCAAAGUGGACAAAAGAAAGGCAAAGAGAAGAGACAGCGCUUAAAAUACAAGGAAGGGAGGGAGAGGAUUAUCGUGGAAAAUGUCAGCAGUGGAUUUCUUGUGGUUACGUAAAACAUCUCAUAGAUAGGCCUUUUUUUUUUUUCUUAAUAGGCUACCAAAUUAAAGCUUGUCCUUUCUCGAAGCCAGUACUCAAAUAGGAGCCGUAUUGUAAGGAGCGGAGGGACGUUCUUAGCCAGCCCUUCUAUAGCAGGGGUCGGCACACACUUUCUGUCAAGGACCAGACAGUCAACGCUGUACUUCUCAGUUUGGCAGACCAUGAGGUCUCUGUCGAAACUACUCAACUCUGCCAUUGUAGCACAAAAGGAGCCAUAGACAACACAUAAACGAAAGGGCUUGGCUCUGCUCCAGUAAGAUUUUAUUUAACAGGCCAGAGACCAAGAAGCUAAAUGUGUCUGCUCCAAAAUGACUUGUUCUAGGGAGUAGCUUUACCCAAAGCUCAGCUGGGAUUCAUAUGCCCCAAACUCAACCCCAAUCUUUCAUGGUCCAUGUUGGAAAAAAAUCAUCUGGGGGGAGGGAACAUGCCAGGAGACACACCCAGCAAGAGCAGGGGCUGCAGCGAGCAGAGGAGCUGGUGCACUUAAUCCAGCUCUGCCUCAGGGGGAGGAGGACCUGCGUGUCAGGCUCUGCCAUGGGAACCAGGCUGUCUCCUGCCGGGGCCACUGCAGCGCAUGGACUGUUUUACUCACAUCACUCAAAAGCUAAAGCAAUAACAUUCUCCUCACUGCUGAGUCAGCAGUUCAUUUGUUCUCCAGCUCCUGGACUGGAUGUGUGAAAGGCAUCACUUUUAUAUUUUCCUCAGUGUAAAUGUUUUAUGUGUUCACCUACUGAUGUCCCAUUUGUUGCUUCUAUUGUAAAUAUUUGUCAUCUGUAUUUAUUAUCUCUGUGUUUUCCCCCAAGGCAUAAAAUUGCUUACUAUGUUCAUUUGAACCCA